AUGCUGUCAAGCUCAGUGCUCGCUUCGCGGGCUGCUUUCAAGUCCAGCCUUUUGAAGGGAGCUCGCCUGUCGCGUGCUCGCUACCAUGACUUCGCUCAGAGCAAGUUCUUCAAGGUGUCAGAAGAGGUACGAGAUGCAGUUGCUACAGGCAAACCAGUUGUCUCACUCGAGACAACCAUCUAUACACACGGCUUCCCAUAUCCCGAUAACAUUGCUCUAGCUGCAUUGUUGGAGUCUGUUGUCAGGGCUAAUGACGGUGUUCCUGCAACUGUGGGCAUCGUCGGUGGUGUGGCCAAGGUUGGUCUCAAUGCGGAAGAACUCAUCGAGCUUGCCUCGACAGCGGAGAAGAAGAGCGCUUUGAAAGUGUCUCGCAGGGAUCUGGGAUAUAUCUGUGGCUUGGGCCUGGCUGGCCAGAAAUUGCAUGGCGGUACUACGAUCUCUGGCACUAUGAUUCUCUCAGAGCUAGCUGGUAUCAAGAUCUUUGGUACCGGUGGACUAGGUGGCGUGCAUCGCGGAGGAGAAAACUCAAUGGACAUUUCUGCGGACCUUACCGAGCUGGGACGAACCCCAGUGACAGUCAUCAGCUCUGGAUGCAAGAGUUUCUUGGAUAUUCCUCGUACCCUUGAAUACCUCGAGACAGAGGGCGUCUGCGUUGGUACUUUUGCAGAUGGCCGAGAAGGCCCUGUCGACUUCCCUGCCUUCUUCACCCGGGAGAGUGGAAUCCGCAGCCCGAAGGUUAUCCAAAAUGAAGCCGAAGCCGCCGCUAUAGUUUAUGCGCAAUCAAAGCUCCCAGUAUCCUCUGGAAUCCAUUUCGCCAAUCCUGUUCCUUUGGAGUACUCAGUUCCCAAGGCCGAUAUGGAUCUCAUCAUUGAAGAGGCUGUCCGUCUUGCCGAUGUAGAGGGCUACCACGGCAGUGACAACACACCCUUUGUACUCGCCAAGAUCAAGGAAUUGAGCGGUGGGAAGAGUAUAGCGGCAAAUCGUGCUUUGAUCGAGUCAAAUGCCAAACGCGCAACCUUCGUAGCCGUGGAACUUGCCAAACUCGAGCAAUCUGACCGAGCAGAGGAUCGACACAUGCCAGCAAUCCCAGGCGUAGUCUCGCCAGUUCCAGAUAUCCCUCAAAAGGACAUCCCCAAACAAAUCAACUCAACGCCGACCCCAAUUGAAAAAGCAGACGUUAUCGUCGCCGGCUCCCUCGCCAUCGACCUAUCCUGCGACUACACCCCCUUCGGCGACGAACUAACUCAAGUCGCACCAGUUCCACACACCUCCAACCCAGCAGUAAUAUCUCAAAGCCUCGGCGGCGUCGGCCACAACGUCGCCGUAGCAGCCAACUAUGUCGGCAGCUCAGUAAUCUUCUGCAGCGUCGUCGCGGAUGACCUGAGCGGACGCGCGGCCCUUUCAACUCUGGAAAAAGAAGGCCUAACCUCAACAGGAGUCUCCGUCCUCCCCGCAACACCUGGCACACGCACAGCGCAAUACAUCUCCAUAAACGACAUCAAAAAGGACCUCCUAGUAGCCAUGGCCGACAUGGGCAUCGUGGAGCUCCCAGAAUCCCAACUCGACUUCGACGGAUUCUGGGAACCGCUCAUCGAGCGUACGAGGCCAAAAUGGGUCGUUAUCGAUGCGAACUGGCGGCCUGAAGUGAUGGCAAAGUGGAGCGCCGUUGCGCGCAAGCACGGAGCCCGCGUGGCAAUCGAGCCUGUCUCCACAGCCAAGGCCCGCCGUCUUUUCGGCGGCGAUGCCAGUGGCACUGGUGCUACCAUUGGACCGAAGCAUACAGUACCUGAAAAUGCUAUUAGCCUGGCUUGUCCGAAUAAGCUAGAGUUAGCUGCUAUGUUCACCGCUGCACGCGAGGCCCAGCUAUUCGAGUCGACCGGGUGGUGGCAUGUCAUCGAUUCAAUGAAUAUGAGUCCAGCGGGCUCGCGAGAGCGACUUGUUGCGUUGACUUCGCUGGCGCUUGUGGACGAGGGUCUUCCGCAGCAGACUAUUCAGCUGCUUCCAUUCAUUCCUUGUAUUAUUACCAAGCUUGGUGGAGCGGGUGCUCUUCUUACGCAGCUUUUGCCGCCGGGUGAUCCGCGCCUUACGGAUCCGGAGUCCGCGCCUUAUAUCCUGGCGCGCUCGCAUGUUGAUUCAGAUGUGCCAUUUGGAGGUGUUUACAUGCGGCUCUUCUCGCCAGCUACUAUUCUUGGUGCUCAGGAUAUCGUCAGUGUUAACGCAGCUGGUGAUACGUUGCUUGGUGUUGUGGUGGCUGGUCUGGCGAAGGGUGAGACUGUGCGCAUUGAGGAUAUUAUUCCUAUUGCUCAAGAGGCAAGUCGGAAGACACUUGCUAGUGCAGGAGGUGUUAGCAAGGAUCUAGUGGAGUUGCGAACUACAUUAGGGCUGUAG